CCUGCAUACUGCCCAUUUCCACCAACUGUCCUCUGGACUGUCCACGCUUCCGUGAGAUUAGGUCACGCAUUUUAAUAAUAUUGAAAUCACUUUUUAACCGACUUUUCCCGGAAGGAGAAGCAUUUUCUUACAUGUUCAUCGAUUUCUUAUUUCGAGACCCGUGGUUCAAUUUAAAAAACUUUUUGUAAUGUGUAUUUGCAAGAAUAGGCCAUUUUUGUAUUUUCUGGUUAUUCAAAAAUAAGUUUGCUUUAUUUUCGACGCGAUAUUUUUAGAAAAAUCUUCGCAGUCAAAGUGCGUUCGAAUUUUUAACCGACUUACAAAUCUCAAAAAUAGGCUUACAAGACGAUCGUAUGUUUUGUAAAUUUAUUCUAUGUGUUUUUAUUAAAAACUUUUUAAUAAUGAUCGAUUUUAGCAAAAUCUAUAAUACGAUUCGUUUUCUAGAACAGAUAUUCGUUUAAAUAAUUUUUGGUUUUAGUCAGAUCUUAUGUACUUUUAUUAUUAAAUUGUAAUUGUAAGAAAACUAGUGAUAAUGUGUAACUUACAAAUUUUCUACAAUGAUCUCAAAGCUGCGAUCCUCAACUUUAGGUUGGACUUGUGUUGUUUUGUGUUCAGUGUCAAAGCUGGGAUACUACUCUGUGGAUACUUUAAUGUGAUUUCAAACAUGAUUUGCCUCAUAGCAGUGUCUACCGAGGUGUUCCCUCCUCUUAUGAUGAACGCCCAGCAAACCUAUAUGGACGGGGAGUACAUCAAGUCAACUUGCGCCUUCGCGUACAGCGCCGAUUUGUGUCUAGCCGUGCUCUUACUGUGUGCGAGGUAUCGGAAAGAUAUCGUGCUGUUAACGUACUACAUGUAUUGCGGUUUGGCCAUGCUUGCUUCUACCAUCCUCGUCUACUCAAUGGUCAUCGGGGUCCUGACGGUGUUGCAUACUUGCACACUGGUUAUUAGCCUAACGUACCAGACCUACAUCAUUUUGUUAGUUCGCAGUAUGAUGGUAGAUUUAAAACACGAAGCAGAGAGAUUUGAAUACUUCUACCAAAACUAUCCAGUCUAUUUUAAACACGAUAUUGAAGCUGGUGAUUAUCCUCUAGAAACAUAUGAAAAAUAUGAUCCAAGUUCUAGAAAGAGUUCAGAAAUCGUGCCACCUGUAAAAACUCUACCUAAGACAACAACGAAAGAAGUAGAAGACGCUAAAGAAUCAAACACAAAAGAGGUUAUAACUAUAAUUGAACCGAAGAAAACUAGUAAUUCUGAAGAACAAAAACCAAGUGAAGAUAAAGUUGCUAAUGAGCUAAAAUUAAGUAAAACAGUUGAUGAUAUUCAACCAGCAACUAGUACAGCAAUGAAAGAAGAUAAAUCAAAGACAGAAGCAGUGGUAGAAGCAGCUGAAAAACCAAAGGCAUUAAGAUAUCCUUAUAAAUUUAUUGCCAUCAAAGUGCCUAAAGAAGAAUCGAUUAAGGAAGAAAAUGAAAAUGAACAAAAAGAGACAGAGAAAGUCGAUGUUAAAGAGAAAUUGAAAGUAGUAGUUACAGGGGAAGAAACAAAAGAAGUAGUAAUAUCGGAAAAAGAUAAAGACGCAGAAAAAGAGAAAGAAACAAAAGAGGUAGCUAAAGGAGAAGAGACGGAAGAAUCGGAUAAAAAAGUGAAGAAACAGAAACGGUCGAUAUUUGGAAGGAAGAAGCGUAAAGACGAUGAAAUUAAGAAGAGUUCUGAAAAGAAGAAUUAGGAUAUAAAUUAAAGAGCGAAUUGUACUGAAAGUGUGAAUAAUUAGAUGUAAUAUAAUUAAUUUAAAUAAGAACGGUUAGUGAGAUUAGAU